AGUCGACGAACCCUCCAGAGUCAAGACGCCGGAAAUCCUGCAUUGCAAUGUGUUCCGACUUGAUACACUUUGCUCUGAAAGCUUUCCCUUUCAAAGACAUCUCGUUCGAUAAGCAAACGACCUACCCACAGUCAAAAUUAAAGGCGGCCUAGAGACCAUUGCUGGACCCUCGCACAGACCCUUACAAUAAUAUCACGGCAACUUCAAGCUCCAGUCAUGACGACGGAAGCCGAGAUACAAUCGGUGCACCGAGAACGUUAGGGUAGCCUUGGAUGACGCCCACUGCCGUUUGCCUAUCGGCCAGUCCACGCUCGGGUGACGCCGCCACCCCGACUCACCGGCUUUUCCAUCUCGCCCUCCCCCCCGGGAUUCGCCGAACCCGACCGGCCGCCCCGAGAGACACAGGCGUUUUCACGCCUACGAGCGACCUGCAACGAGCUGACACGUGCUGGCCGAAGCAGGUCUACCGCCAACUAAAUGUGCGGGUUUUAUUUCGAGUUCUCGUGAAACAUAGUACUGUUGAAUCAAAUCUUUUGCACACUGAUGCCUACCAAGUUGGCAAGACUAAAUUAUUACGGCUCGUCGUCAAAAUUAACUCGCCUUACAGACUACGUGGAGACAGACUGGAGCCAGGCCCAACGUUGGGCGUGCAGAAUCCGUCGCCGCAACAUGGCUCGCGCAUGCAGCGCGCCAAGGUACAAAUGCCAACAACGCGGACUGUGAAGCUGGCCAUUCGAUUUUGGGCGUUAUUGGCCCCUGGAAUUCUUCUGAUAAUUGUACCAAAAACCAAAACUGUUUGGUUUGGUAUAUAUACCGCUACCAUCGUCCUAGGUGGGAAUUUGCAGCUAGCGUGGACCAUUUCUGGGCGUAUAAUUCUGUUUGGUAUUGUGAAUGACGUGUUUCGCAGCCUGAUCGCCUUUGAACAGCAUGCGCUGCGAUGCACGGCCCAGAGGGCUCCCGGUCUAGUCCUCUCCAGCGCAAUGAUUUCAUGACGUCUGAUCUUCGUGUUUUAUACUGGGUUUUCCCGACUGUUAGAGUAUUAUUGUGCACAUGUGUAACCUUGAAAGGGAUCGCCUAGGAUACAUACUCCAGUCUGAUCUUGGCGUUUCGCAAAGAAUGACGAGGCUGAAGUCGUGCUCUCCAGCUGACAAGGCGGACUGUACCAUAUCAAAGUUUCUCGACGAUUGA